AUGUUCCCCUGUCACUCUGUCACCUGUCUUUCAUUGCACCAUUCUCUCUAUCUUCCCUCCUCGAUCCACCUUACGCUCCCCCUUCUUCCCUCCCCCUCCAUCUCUCCUUCCUCCACUCCCUUCCCCUUCCUUCCCUCCCCCGACCAUGUUCGACUACCCAUCCCAAUACUUCCGUCACACCCCCCCCACAUUACAUUUUGCUUCCACUCCUUCUACCCGGUCUCCACCUCAUUUCAUCUUUUUUCCUCUCUCCCUCCACUUCUUUCCCAAUUUUCCCUUCCUUCUCCCUCCUUUCAUUGUUUGUCCUUUAUCCCCUUCCUCCUCCCACCUUUCCCUCUCCCCCCAUUCCGCUCGUCCCUCCCCGCCUCCCUUUUUUCACCCUUUCUAACUUACUCUUCCCUCUUCUCCUCUUACUCUCCCCCUACACUCUCCCCCCUUUUCUUUUUCUCUUUACCUCCUCCCGCACAUCCGCCCCUCCUCUCAUCUUCCACUUUCAGACCUUCCCUUUUUGUCCUCCUACCUCCCUUUCCCCCCUUAAUUAUACCCUCUUUUCCCUCUUCACAUCUCCUUCCCUCGGUGCCCUUUACAUUCACCGACUUUCCAUGCUCUUUCUUCCCCCAAACCGUACGCCCACCACCCUUCUGCUCUUAG